CUUUCAAGUUUCAACCAAUCGCAUUCAAAAAAAAAUCAAUCACAAGAUUUUACAAUUUAUCACUUCAUUCACAUCUCAACUCACCAAACUUUCUAAAUUUAGAAAAAUCCCAACCCUCCAAUCAAUCCAACAUGUCCUCAAACAACGAAAUCAACUUUGGGCCCGUCUUCAUGAGAGGACGCAAGCCCGUCACUGGGAACAAAGUACCCACAGCUCAUCCACCUAAUAACGAAACUGCAUCCCAAUCGCAGGUUCUCAAAAACAGUGGAGGGCCUACGCCAGUAGUGAGACCAUCGAUACCAUCACUUGGUUCCUUUAGUUCUGGCUCCAUCAGUCCCGCUCUACCAUUAUCGAAGUCUUUCUCCGCAGUGGUUUCACCUGAAAAAGAAAACGAGGAACGCGUGGCAUUUUUGGGCGCGUCCAACGGAUGGGACGUCUCUCAUGGACUUCAUGAUGCUAGCCUUCAUUCGACCGACUUCUCAGGAAAUGCGAUGGCUAACGGUACCGCACCAGUAUUUCACGAAUAUUCAAGAGAAACGUUGUUGAAUUUGUACUCUGAGGUCAUGGCGCUCAAGCUACCGCCCGAUCUCGAAACUAGUGAUCCAGCUUUCAGUGAUACACUUGUGGGUCCACCGCUAGGUUUGAUCGAGAUGACAGAAGCUGAAAAAGAGCUUUUUUCAGGUCCUUACAAUAGUGAUAGGCGAGCUCAAGCAAAUAAAGCCCAGCAUCAUAAUCACGCCGAUAGUCCAACCACGCCAAUAUCACACCCUGAUGGUAAUAUAGCUGGACUGGCGACCAAUAGACUAUCUGUCAGUACCGGAGCUAAACUUGGUAAGCAUCACAGCCCCAUCGAACGUUUCACGAAUUUGGGUAUCCAAGGCGGCGUGCUUGCCGGGGUCGCCUCACCUACUCAUAGCACCAACAGACGUAGAGGCGACAGUGAAAAUGAUCCUCCAGAGGGAACACGCAGAUUUCCUCGUCCGGAUGAACCUGCCCUACAAUCUGCCGGUUGGUCAGCUAAUCCUCGAGAUCGUCGCGCUCGAGAUUCUGGGCCGCCAGCUGAAGGCAAGUGGAAGCGAGGUGUCCCACUAGAAGAAAAAAUGCAUCUCACCGCGGACAUUGUCUCGAGUGGUAAUCCCAGAUACUCUGUUCUUGAUAGAAUGCGCGAAAAGGCUGCGGCCAGUCUUGAUCAAGCUACCAAAGAGUCUACUGUUCAGGGAUCUUCUCCCCACGAGGUAUCGGAUAAUGUCGAGCUCUCGAGGCACCUUACCCCCUCCGAAGCGACCAAGGGACUUGAUGGCAAUUUGGACGACACAUCACCUCCCUUGCCCGAUACUUUGACCUUGAAGCAUGAGUCAAAAUCGGUUACCGAUGCUUCCGGCGCGGCGGCGUCCUCCAGGGAAACAGAUUCAAGUGGAGCUGGUCAAAAUCCUCCUGCUGUGUCUUCGCAUUCUUUGGAGGCCCCUCCUGAGGACAUUGCAUGGCAGUACCGCGACCCCUCUGGGACGAUUCAAGGCCCAUUCACUGCUUUUCAGAUGCAAGAAUGGUAUAAAGCUUCUUUCUUUCGCGACGAUUUACUCGUCAAACGUGUGUCCGAUAUCGCAUUCGAAACUCUUGAAACUCUUAUUCUUCGGAUAGGUGAUCGCGACAGACCUUUCCUAGUCCGUCCACCGCCCGUAUUGCCCCCUAAUCUUCCUUUACCGGGCUCGCACACGCAAAGUUUUCAAGGCAUCGCUCAGGCACACUCGUCGCCCAUGACCCAGCGAUCGUCACUACUGGAGCAACCCUCUUUUCCCACCCGACAGGAUACUAUAUCUGUCUUCGAUUCUCCUAUUGUGACUCAUAAUCAUGAUUCCAACUCCCUCCAUCCUUCUUCGGCUCCUGAUCCCUGGAAUUCAAGCGCACAGUCGAUGUCGCCCUUGCACCGUUCUGCGACCUUACCCUCUGCCUCGCCUUUGGUCACUGCGAGCGGAUGGCAUGUUGGCCUACCCGCUUUAUCAGGUCCACCUGCUCAGAGUGCUAACGACUAUAAUGCAAGUCUACUUGGGAAUGGAUACGCGCCAAAUUCUUUUGGCGACCCGAUGCGAUUUUUGCAACAUGUUCCUCACCCAGCUUUGGUCGGAGGCAAUAACGGUUACCCUUUCACCCAUCCCAUCCCACAUCAACCUGCAUUUGGACAAAUACCGGUUGGACAUCACCUAUUCAACGGGGCCAAUAUCGACCCACACGUAGCUUCUCAGUUGCAUCCCCAUCUUGAAUACCAGGCUGCGUCUUAUCGAGGCAAUACUUCCAUGGGUAACAAUGCGGACCUGAACGAACCUCCUACCGAGCACGAAAGGAACGAACAGCUGCCAUUUACACAGACCCCUGGUUCUCUCGAUCCCUGGCACAUGCAACCUGACCGAGUGGCGUCUGUUCAAACACAAGUGCCAGAUCAAAACUUGGCUCAGCCUACGAUGUCUGCAUCCGCUGGACACGCUGAUCCGACUUCACCCACUCAUCGUGAUUCUUGGACACAUCCUCUGGCUACCAUAGAGCCCAUUGGGACUCGAUCCUCCGGAAAAAAUACCCCUAUAUCAGCUUCACGUGACUUGGUCUCUGUUGCUACACUUCCAAAUCAACACAGUACGGGUGCUCUUCAUGCCUCUCCUGUAGAAGCACAGAACCCCGUAACUCUGCCAGAGGCGGCUUCCGCUCCCCCGGCGAUCUCAUCUGGGUCCGUACAAUCUCCAGCCUCGCGUCCAUCAGAUAAUAAGAAACAAAGCAUCGUUGUCGAAGAUAAGCGUGAUACGUCGUCUCCUCAGAGCCAACCUCUCGAACAAAGGAGUAGCGUUCAAUCACUUGAACAAAGAACUACCUCUCAGGCUGAAGCAGCCUUGGCCUCCGAUGAACCAUGGCAAAGUGUCUCGCAUCAGUCCGCCACCAAAUCAAGUCUUCCACCAACAGGGGUCGCGACUCCCGCGAUAGCCCCAGCCCCCAAGCAAUCUGGUAAGGUCAUCGUCAUCAGCAGAGCUCAGCAAGAUGAGCAUGAUCGUCGCACAGCAAGCAUCCAAAAAACCCAACUACAGUUGAAGGAGGCUCAGGCGGUCGAAAGAGCUGCACGCGAGGCUUCCGAAGCGGCCGCAGCUGCAGCGAGUGCAGCUGUCACUGCUUCAAUCAGUGCACCAGCCCCGUGGUCCAAGGAGGAUAGCAAAACCCCGACUUCCAACCUAUCGUUGAUGGAAAUCCAAGCCAUCGAGUCUAAGCAAGCUGAGAAGCGCAGACAAGCAGAAAAACAGGCUGCGGCCAAUCGAGCAUUAGCUGAACAGGCCGCGGCUGCUGAACGAGCUGCCAAGGCGAUGAAAGAAUCGCUCCCACCUACCUCUAAUUGGGCAACGGCCUCCUCUCCAACCAAACAUCACUCCCAACUAGGUUCUCCUGUAGUAUGGGGUGGCAAGGACAAUGAAGGCACGAUCAACUCAGCUCCCAAACAGACGAUGAAGCAGAUACAAGAAGAAGAAGCUCGCAGGAAAAAGCUCGCCCAGCAACAAUUGGCCACCAAAGCUGCGUCCAUUGGCUCGACUCGUUCUUCUGCAGGCUAUGCCGGUUCGAUUGGAGCGGUAGCAACAAAAGCAGCUGCUGUGUCUGGUCCGUGGUCUGUGGUAGGUGCCAAAAGUAAGGUUAUUGCACCGCCAGUCAAUGGUGCUAGACCAGUUACAUCCGUUGUACCUGGUCUACCAAGCACUGGUCGGUUGUCAACCUCGGCUCAACACUCUACCCUAUCGAAGACACCCAUGUCUAGCACUCGAACAAUUGCGAGCAUGACGAACAACUCAAACAAAGCAGUCACCACUUCCUCUACCGGCACUUCGACCAGCGCGCCAGAAGGCCCACCACCUGCUUCUGCUGAAUUCAUGAAAUGGCUUCGAGAGGCUCUGAGAGGGAUGAACAAUGUGGACGAUUUCAUGAAGAUGUUAUUAGAUUUUCCUAUCAAUCCAGACGAAUCUGUCUUAGAGAUAGUUUCCGAUAGUGUUUAUGCAGGUAGUGCUACAUUGGACGGACGUCGAUUUGCGAAAGAGUUUAAUACUCGUCGCCAUGCAGAUGUGAUGGCAAGAAUGGGUAAUUCGAAACCCACCCCAACUCGUGCUAAUAGUAACGUUUCUGCAACAGUUAAGAAAACCUCGACUAUGGCUGAUGCACUUAAAUCUCAACCUGCUCCGAAGAAUGAUGGAUGGGGAUUUGCUGUAGUUGGACCUAAGAAGAAGAAGAAAUAGAGGAUCUGUUGUAGUGUAGUUGGUUGUCAUUGAGUGAUUUGGGGUUUUGUAAUCUGCUUGAAUCGAUGAGAAAAGAAAAGACGAGAUUUCUUAACCAAGG